AUGACCAAAAGAGUUAAUCAGGUGAAUCAAGUUAAUGCUGUAUGCAAUGAACGCCGGAUGCAGGAGCUAGCUCUCUUGGAUGAAAAUUGUAUUCUUGUGGAUAUCAAUGAUAAAGUGAUUGGAUCAGCCAGUAAGGCAGAUUGCCACCGUGUGGAUGAGAAUGGACACGUUAAGCUGCACAGGAGUUUUAGUGUGUAUUUGUUCAAUACGAAUGGCGAUAUGUUAAUCCAACGCAGAUCUAAGCAUAAGAUAACAUACCCUAAUUUGUUUACAAACACGUGCUGUUCUCACCCUUUGUACGACAUCGAGGGGGAAAGGGAAGAAAAAGAUGUAUUGGGAGUUCGAAGAGCAGCUCGUAGGAAAUUAAAUCAAGAACUGGGAAUCCCGAUGGAUCAAAUUCAACUUGCCGAUUUGACCUAUUUAAUGCGGAUGCACUAUCAUGAUUCUGGAAAUGGUGAUUGGGGCGAACAUGAGAUAAUACAUAUGCUUAUUCUUCAGAAAGAUUUUGAUCUUAAUCCAAAUCCAUCGGAAAUUGCUGAAGUUCGCUACAUAAAGCGCGAAAAUUUUCAGAGAGAUAUUUUAGCAUUGCCUGUUCCCUUGACCCCUUGGUUUCAUCUUAUUUUCAAGAAUCAACUAAAGUUUUGGUGGGACAAUUUGGAUAAUCUGGAAAAGUUCAAGGAUCCUCAUACAAUUCAUCAUUUAGCAGAUCAUACUAAAUUAAAAAUGAAAAACUAA